UGGCAUCGAAUAAUUAGCAGACACAAUGAAACUUCUAGUUUUCGCAACCCUUUGUAUCGUUGCUGUGAUGGGAAUUCCCUCUCAGAGGGUGAUUGGAGGUUCCUCGGUUAUGGUUGAAAACCAUCCCUCUAUUGCUUCCCUACAGACAUGGGAUGGGUUUACCAGUAUGUUCUGGCAAGCUUGUGGCGGAGUCAUCGUCAACAACCGAGCAAUUCUCACUGCCGCCCACUGUUUACAUGGUGACAAUAUCAAUCUGUGGCGAAUCCGCAUAGGCACCAGUUUCGCAAAUUCAUUUGGAGAAGUCCAUUUGAUUCAGCGUCACAUCGCUCAUCCUUCAUACAGCUCCAGAACCUUGGAACACAACAUCGCCAUCCUGCACUCUGUGACCACUUUUACUUUCAACAACGCAGCGAGCCCUGCUUCUAUCGCAGGUCGUAACUACUACAUUGCAGACAACCAAAGUGUGUGGGCAGUUGGAUGGGGACAGUUCUACCGGUGUUCCGAACCACGAUCUCAGUCUAAUAUGCAUGAGAGACGAGUAAACUCUGAAGUGCUACGUCAAGUUUUAAAAGUCGCUAUUAACCAAGAAACAUGCAGAAAUAACUAUGCUGCCCGUAACAUUGCCAUCACCGAUAACAUGUUGUGUUCCGGCUGGUACACUAAUGGUCGUGGCCAUUGUGAUGAUGAUUCUGGCAGUCCCCUCUACCACAAUGGUGUGGUUGUUGGUAUCUUCACCUUCAGUGUUGGUAUCGCCCAAGCCAACUUCCCCAGUGUCCACACUCGUGUAUCCAGCUACACCUCUUGGAUUACCUCCAACGCAUGAUUUAAAAUUAUAACCACAUUACUAUGACUUGCUUUCUUUUGAGUUCUACUGAAAUUGUAUCGCGAUAAAUAAAAUUUUCA